AUGUGGAAGCUUUCUGGAAUAGCGAUCCUUUUAUCUUUUCUUAACCCUUUAGCCCUUGCAGAUGAUAAUCAAGCUCCUCAAGUCCAAAGGGGUGCAGCUGUUAUUUCAUCAUCUCAUAAAGGAGUAGUGUAUCAAAUGAAAUAUGAUGUUUAUGCAGCAAUCGAAGCUUUUGCACAAAGUAUUAAAUUAGGCGGAACAAGUGGUGAUUCAAAUACACAAUCAGCUCAAGAAACUGCCCAAAUGUUUGAAGAUAUAGUUAAAAACACUUUGAAUUAUCAUCUUGAUGGAAACUUAGGAGAUCAUCCAUCACAAGAUAGAUUGGACGCUAUGGCUACUUCUAUCAAUAAAACUCUCGAGAGUGUUAAUGAGGUGGCUGAUAAGAUGUUAUCUACCACUGAUGGAGCUCUCCACUUCAAGGAUCUUAAGGCUUGUCUUUCUAAAUUGACUAAACAAGGAGGAUUGACCGACUCGCAGUCUUGUGUCUUGAAUGGCAUGUCAAUUACCGGAGUUGCAGAUAUUAUGCGUAGUGUCCUUAAAACUUUUGGUGACGACGUAAUUCCCCAAAGUAUCGUAGAACACGCCGUGAAAGCCUUAAGCUCAGCCUUCAAUCCGUUAUUUCCCGGUGAACAAAACUUUUACGAUUCAGUGAAAUCAGCCAUUCAAAGUGUAGAAUUAGCAGUUAGUAGUGAACUGAUUGCAGCACUCGAAGAUGCGGAAAAAUGUUUUAGAAAGGUGGCUACUAAGCCUGGUCAAAGUUAUCCCGAUCGAUUGAAGGCUACCGAAAGUUGUAAUAGAGAAACAAGUGAAUCUAGUGUGUAUGAAGACCUCAGAUCUUUGUAUAUCACGAUUGUCAACCAGUUUGUAGGAUACCUUCAACCAAAUGUACUCAGCUCAAUUCACAAAAUUGCAGAUGCCUACCUGAAAGAUAACCUUUCAAAGAAUCCAGAUGAUCAAUACUUUCGUAAUGCAUUAGCCGAUACUGCCCAAUCAAUCUACUCAUCAAAUGCCGGUAGUGAGUCAACAUAUGUUGAAAAGGUAGCCGAUUGUUUGGAUUUGAUUAUUGGAAUGUCAGAUCCUCAAUCUGCUGCUGCAAAAGCUACCGAAAGCCAAUGUCUGUCAAAACCCGAUGGACCUGCUGCAUCAGUACGACAAAUCAUCUAUGGAUACAUUCAACAGAUUUACGGAGUACUUCCACCAAAGAUAGCAGCCCGUAUUGAACAAUCAGGUUUAUCAAAAUUAGACCCAUCAGAUCCAGAUUACCAAAAGAAAGUCGCAGCCCUCCACGAUGAAUUUCGAAAAUCCGAUCCAGGUCCUGAAUAUGUCUCGUGUUAUGAAGCAUAUAUAGAUUGUUUAUUUGAUUCGAGAUCAGGUGUAUUAACCCAUCCAAAUGAAACUGCUCAUAAGAAGAUUUGUGUUUUAGGUGGUGCUUGUUCUAAAGGCACACCUGAUGGAAACCCAAAUCCUACUGUACCUACCACUAAGAGACUUCGUGUUCGUCAUUUCAAAUGA